GCAAAACCUUCUAAAAAAUAAAGAAAAGCCGCCAUGGAAGCCAGCAUUUCCAGAAACUUGACCCAACAUGAGUUAAAGGCUUUAUUUAUAUCAUCCAAUCAAACCAAACAAAUCUCUCUCCCAUAGAAGCUCCAUUUGCUCUCAACACAAAAUUAAAGGACUGAACAAAACCACUUUCUAUGUGAAACAAAAUCAGUCAAGCGGCUUCUUUAUUCUUUCAGUGACUGAGGCUCUAUUUAAGCAUUCAUUAACAUGAGCUUGCACACACUGCUCUGCAUGCACCACUGUGCAAAUCUUUAGGUGUGGUGUAAUUAAAAGGAGGGCAAAUCAAGUCAGGAGGAGGGUCACUCAUGCCUUUAAUCAUCAUCCUUGGGGGGAGAACAAUGGUUAAGAAAAUCUUCCAUAGGAUAUCUAUACUGGGUGGCGGUGGGUGGGGGAGGAAUAGGUGAGAGUCGAGAAACUGAUAUAUUAACAGGAAAUAGGAUUUUAGAGUCAUAAACAUGAAGUAAUUUUCCAAAGAAUUUAACUUAAGUAAAUUUUCUGAUGUUAAAUUGUGAUUAUUGUGAUUUUAUGUUGAAGACCGACACAAAUAGCACAUAGCUGUUAAAUGGAAAGAAAAUGUGUGUGUUUCAAUGUCUUUCAAAAAUAAAAUCCUGAAAGGUUUAACAUUCACUUAUAUUUAGCCCCUAAAGUAAAUAAUUUAGAUGACUUCCACUGCAACAGUUGCGAUUGUUUUGUAUGCAUCUACUAGAUUUGUCCAUCAAAAGACUGAAAUCUUUCUCCAUUCUUCUUUGAAAAAUAGACUGAGGGCAAAGCUUGCCAUAAAUUCUUAAUUGCAUUCAGCUCUAGAUGUUGACCACCAGGCCAUUUUGACACAUGCAUAUGUUUGGAUCUAAGCCAGGGGUUUAUCAUCUUUGGGCAAUGAACUGAACAUAGCUUUGUGAGAUACUUAGAAUAUCGUUUUAUAACCAAACAUUGCUUUAAACUUUACACCUCGUUUCUUCCAGACCUGUCUGUUGUGUUUUUUAGUCUUUAUGACUAAGAAAGUCUGUAUAUUCUCUAACAAAACGUCUGAGGCUUUUAAAGAUCAGCUGGAUUCUUCUUAAUAAAUUGUAAACAUCUGGACUCUAUUAAAUAAUCAUUAAUGAACUGACUCCUGAAGUCAACUUGGAUUUUUACUAAGCAGAAUUAAGAUAAUGGAAGCUGAAUAUAAAUGCGCUACAAACUUUUUUUCUCCCCUCCAAAGGUGUGAAUACUUUACUGAACACUGUCUCAGCAACGCCAGAGUUCACCAACAGUUGGUCAGGUUUUAAAUGCACAUGGACGGACCAUCCAGCAGGUGGCACCGUUUGACUUAGUCCUAUCAUUCUCUAAUAUCAUCAAUUUAAAUAUUUGUUUUCAUCUUCCAUCAAUACUCCUUAAUCACACAGGAGAAUGCACCUUAAUUAAAACUCUCAUGAAACAAGAAGAUGAAUAAAUUAUCCAUCUGGUUAAUUUUUCAGAAUGAACCUAUGAUCUAUUUAUUAACUGACCAGCUGAACUGGAGUCAAACUGCCCACAUCUCAUAUUGUGUAACUCUCUCCUCCUCUUUUUCUGCCCCUUUCCCUUCCUCUCUCUGCAUCUCCAAUACUCCCUCUUCUCUCUUUAACCAUAACGUCCCACCAGAAGCGGUGUGUAGUGGACGGCUCCUGAGCUACCGAACGACGCGUCAGUCAGAACACACAGAGGCUGAGCAGAGCGCACGGAGAAGAGCAGAGACUCAUUGGUGUGAUGUGAAAUAACCAAGAGGACAGUGGAACUUUCCAUCAAGCGAACACCUACUGUGCAAUAAAAGCAAACAGGCAGUAGGUAUUUUCUGUUUGUUUGUUUUUAUCUUUCGUAAUUCCCAGGAUCCGCUGUGCGCACUGAAGUGGCCAUGGCGUAUUUUACGCACUGCAGGUAACCAAUCCGUUGGAGACUAAAACUCUAAACACAUCCUGGAUUAAACUGCGACUGUUGCGCUAGUUAACACCAGACGGGCGGACAUGGCAGCACUUCGGAGGAAAUUUGGAGAAGACUACCAGGUCGUCAACACCAACCGGGCAACUACUUUCUCCGCCCCGGUGAAGAAGAAACGCCAACGCUUCGUGGAGAAGAACGGCCGCUGCAACGUGCAGCACGGAAACCUCGGCGGGGAGACCAGCAGGUAUCUCUCCGACCUGUUCACCACUCUGGUGGACCUGAAGUGGCGCUGGAACCUGCUCAUCUUCAUUCUCACCUACACCAUCGCUUGGCUCGUCAUGGCAUCGAUGUGGUGGAUCAUUGCUUACAUCAGGGGGGAUCUAAAUCACGGCCACGAUCCGUCCUACACCCCGUGCGUGGCGAACGUUUACAACUUCCCUUCAGCGUUCCUCUUUUUCAUCGAGACCGAGGCCACCAUCGGCUACGGCUACCGGUAUAUCACCGAGAAGUGCCCGGAGGGGAUCAUCCUCUUCCUGUUCCAGUCGCUGAUGGGUUCCAUAGUGGACGCCUUCCUCAUCGGCUGCAUGUUCAUCAAAAUGUCCCAGCCUAAGAAACGCGCGGAGACGCUCAUGUUCAGCCAGGACGCGGUGAUUUCCCAAAGAGACGGCAGACUCUGCCUCAUGUUCCGAGUGGGCAACCUGCGCAACAGCCACAUGGUGUCCGCGCAGAUCAGGUGCAAACUCAUAAAGUCUCGUCAGACACCUGAAGGAGAGUUCCUGCCACUGGACCAGUGUGAGCUGGACGUUGGCUUCGGGACGGGAGCAGACCAGCUCUUCCUGGUGUCUCCUCUCACAAUCUGCCAUGAAAUAAAUCCCAAAAGUCCGUUUUUCGACUUAUCGCAGCGCUCCCUCAUGAACGAACAAUUUGAGAUUGUCGUUAUCCUCGAGGGCAUCGUGGAGACCACGGGUGAGAGAGCUGUUCCUGUUACUACUUUUCUGCUGCCACUGAUUCCUAUCUUCAGUAUUCACACAGCAUUCAAAUGUAUGACAUGCCAAGCGCGGACAUCAUACACUGAAGACGAGGUUUUAUGGGGCCACCGCUUCCUGCCCGUCAUGUCUCUGGAGGAAGGCUUCUUCAGAGUGGACUACUCUCAGUUCCACAGCACAUUUGAGGUGCCAACACCUCCAUACAGUGUCAAAGAGCAGGAGGAGAAAAAUUCGUUGCCUUCACCUCAGUCCACUCCCACCCCCGCUCUGACUGAGAGCCACGGCGCCCGGCGCGACCGGGUGUUUUCUGUGGAUUGCAUCAACACUUCAGAGGAGAGGGGCCGUCAGGGAGGAGCGGGCGGCCGGCUGCCGAGCAAGCUGCAGAGGAUGAGCUCGUCGGGGAAGGAGGACCUGCAAAGGAAGGUGCUUUUGCUCAGCUCCCAGCAUGCAGAGAAGGCGUGCAGCACAGGGGACCUCCCCAUGAAGCUGCAGAGGUUGAGCUCCUCCCCCAGCCCAGGAGCACAAAAUCGGCUGCAACUCAAGUCACUCAAGGUGGGCUUUGAGCCCAUGACACAGUCGACAGGAGACCUGUACCAGCGCAGCCCACCAACCACGCUGUCACCCACUCCUGUGCCCAUGCACAGCCCCCUUCUGUCAGCUGGAGGGAGGCUGGAGGACAAUCUGCCACCAAAGCUACGAAAAAUGAAUGCUGACCGCUGAAAUCUGGACAACAACCACCAAACACGAGAAGGUGCUGCAUACAGGAAACAAUGAAAGCAAUUAUAAUGGGGCAAGAAGGACUAGUAGGCAACUUGUGUUUUUUUUUUCUUUGAGAACAAGCUAUUACUGGAAAUACUGUGAUUUCUGUGCUUCAUAACAAAGGAAUAGACUAAAGACGCAUAUUUACUGGAUCAUUCUGAGAAGAGUUGUGCAUGUCUACAAUAAAUCUAUUGUUUUAUUUAUGCACCACUAUACUCAAUAGUCAGUCUUAGUUUUAAUCAAGUAUAAAUUAUAUUAAAAUGAAAAUAAAUACAGUUUGAUAUUCUCUGCCUUGUCUGAUUCCUGCUGUUUUAGCUGAAACCAAGGUAAGUGUCGUUACAAGACCUUAUUUAACCCAACCUUAAGUAUAUAUGAUGAGCAGAAACAGAUAUACAAUUAUAAGCAAAAGUCAUAAAAAAUGGAUUCUUUAGUGCACCAAAAAUUACAAAACUGCCACUCUGUCAGAAAGAUCCAAGAGGGCAAUAAUGAAAUAGAUUAUCUUAAAA